AAGGCUAUAUAAACCCUAGAUCGGUACAAAGGUUACAUAUAUACUACACAGCACACACAUCUACAAAUUAACCAUGAAGCAUCUUGGGCUCAUAUUAGCUUUUCUAUUAGCUCUGGCAACUUGCAAAGCUGAUGAAGAAAUAACUUGCGAAGAGAACCUGCCAUUCAAAUGUAGUCAACCUGAUCGUCUCAACAGUAGCAGCUUCGAGAAAGACUUCAUCUUCGGUGUUGCAUCUUCUGCUUACCAGAUUGAAGGUUGCCUAGGUCGUGGACUUAACGUUUGGGAUGGUUUCACACACCGAUACCCAAAUAAAUCAGGACCCGAUCAUGGAAAUGGAGACACUACUUGUGACUCAUUUUCAUACUGGCAGAAAGAUAUAGAUGUGCUGGACGAACUCAACGCUACUGGUUACAGAUUCUCCAUUGCGUGGUCAAGAAUCAUUCCAAGAGGAAAGAGGAGCAGGGGAGUAAACAAAGAUGGUAUUAACUACUACCACGGACUCAUAGAUGGACUCAUCGACAAGGGCAUAACACCUUUCGUUACGCUCUUUCACUGGGACCUUCCUCAAGUACUACAAGAUGAAUAUGAAGGUUUUUUGGACCCCCAGAUCAUACACGAUUUCAAAGAUUACGCGAAUCUAUGUUUCCAAGAAUUCGGUCAUAAAGUAAAGAACUGGCUCACGAUCAACCAGCUCUACACAGUGCCUACGAGAGGCUACGGAGCAGGAUCAGAUGCACCCGGUAGAUGUUCUCCAAUGGUUGAUCCUACCUGUUACGCCGGUAAUUCUUCAACAGAACCCUAUAUCGUUGCACAUAACCAGCUUCUCGCUCAUGCCACGGUGGUCGAUCUUUACAGGAAAAAUUAUUCGCAUCAAGGAGGUAAGAUUGGACCUGUGAUGAUAACUAGAUGGUUUCUUCCAUAUAAUGACACUGAUCCAGACAGCAUAGCUGCAACCGAGAGGAUGAAAGAAUUCUUCUUGGGAUGGUUCAUGGGGCCGCUAACAAAUGGAACAUACCCUCAAAUCAUGAUAGACACUGUGGGUGAACGGCUUCCAUCGUUCUCUCCAGAAGAAUCCAACCUCGUAAAGGGUUCAUAUGAUUAUCUUGGUCUCAACUAUUAUGUCACUCAGUAUGCCCAACCAAGCCCUAAUCCAGUUCAUUGGGCUAAUCACACUGCCAUGAUGGACGCAGGCGCAAAGCUCACAUAUAUCAAUGCAAGUAAUCAUUCCAUUGGUCCACUGUUCGAGGCAAACAGUGACGAAACCAAAAACUCCUAUUACUACCCUAAAGGCAUUUAUUACGUAAUGGACUACUUCAAAACCAAAUACUAUAACCCGUUAAUCUAUGUCACUGAGAAUGGAAUCAGUACCCCCGGUAAUGAAACGCGUGAUGAGUCUAUGUUCGAUUACAAGCGCAUUGAAUAUCUCUGCAGCCAUCUCUGUUUUCUCAGUAAAGUCAUCAAGGAGAAGCAUGUCAACGUGAAAGGAUACUUUGCGUGGUCUCUUGGGGAUAAUUAUGAAUUCGACAAAGGAUUUACCGUCAGAUUCGGACUCAGUUACAUUGAUUGGAAUAAUGUCACUGACAGAGACCUCAAACUUUCUGGAAAAUGGUAUCAGAAGUUCAUAAGCCCUGCCAUCAAGAACCCUCUGAAGAAAGAUUUUCUCCGCUCGAGCCUCACCUUCGAGAAGAAUAAGAAGUUCGAAGAUGCAUAAAAUACCCAACCCACUUUAGUUCCCUCAUCAAGAUCAUCUUCAUGACUCCUCUUUCUAUAUAUAUAUCAGGAGCUUCUACCUACCACUGUAUAAAUUCUCAAUAAAGCUCUUUGCAGACUAUAAUGAAAAUUAUCAAUAAAGAAGAUGAUCAUUCUCAAUAAA